UGCUGUUAAACAGCUGCAGAUUAUUAAUCCAGAUGUUUUCACAGGCCACGCCCACUCAGGGCCAGCCAGAGGCGGCGCUGCAGGCCGAGCUGCUGCCAGACCUGACCGGAUCCACCCAGAGUCCUCCAGCAGAGCACAUGGGGACGCCCCCGUCCACCGUGGACACGGCCGCCCUGAGCGAGGAGCCGCUGCCAGUCAAGCCGCUCUCCAAACCCAACCGCCCCGCCCACAUCUGCUCCACCUGCAACAAGGAGUUCAAGAACAGCUACAACCUGCGGCGGCAUCAGUCCGUCCACACCGGCAUCAAGAUGAAGGACCGGGCGGCGCGGGAGAAGGAGGACGGGGUCAAGGUGGGGCGGCUGGAGAAGCAGAGCAUCCCCCUGUCUCUGCUGCAGCUCACGCUGCCCCCUCAGCCUCUGCCCGCCGCCCCGGACCCCCUGCCCCAGCCUCUGGCCAACCAGGACCCUGAACCCGUCUCUGUGUCCAUCGCCCCGGCGACCGUUACCAUGGCUGCCCCUCCUCAGCCCAUCCAGGCUGCCAUCGUGGUGAUGGGCUCCAUGGAGCAGAAUCCCAAUCCCAACCCCGCUCCCAGCGCCACCCAGGUGAGGAAGAACCACGCCUGCGAGGCCUGCGGGAAGGCCUUCAGAGACGUCUACCACCUGAACCGCCACCGCCUGUCCCACUCCGACGAGAAGCCGUAUUCCUGCCCCAUCUGCCAGCAGCGAUUCAAGAGGAAAGACCGGAUGAGCUACCACGUCCGCUCGCACCAAGGGGGCGUGGAGAAGCCCUACAUCUGUCCUCACUGCUCCAAGGCCUUCUCCAGGCCGGAUCACCUUAACAGUCACGUCCGACAGGUGCACUCCACAGAGCGGCCCUUCAAAUGCACGUGCUGGGAUGUUAUAAUAACAACUUGUGGAGCCUGUGGGAAUCGAACCGGGAACCUGGAACCUUCUCAGAUCCCAGAACAGACCCGCUGCUAG